AUAAAUGUGCAUGAGUUAACUGUGUAAAGCUGCGAAGCGCACGGGAACUUUCUCUUCAGCUUCUUUCAGAAAAGUUUCGGAGAUUGCCGAAAACAGAGCAUUGAUGAUGGAUGAGAAUUGAAGAACGAACUGGAAGAUUUCGGUAAACAGUGUUAAAUCCACUACUUUGUGUGUUCCAUUCUCUCUGGUUUUGAUUUCUAGGUCAAGCAAAUCUGGGAUCCUCGAUCGCUUGUUCCUUGUUUUGUUGCAAUCGAUCAUGGCGUCUUCUGGCAGCGGAUUGACAUUCAAGCUGCACCCUCUUGUGAUUGUGAACAUUUCCGAUCACUACACUAGGGUUAAGUCUCAGAUGAAUCCUCCGUCCUCUUGCUGCUCAGCUCCAUCUCCUUGCGCCUUGAGUAAUGACGCCGAUGUAGCCGAUUCUGUGGACCUUACCACUUCUCCUCCCGCACCUAGGGUUUAUGGUUGUGUUGUUGGCGUUCAGAGGGGCCGCACGGUUGAGAUCUUUAACAGCUUUGAGCUUCUUUAUGACCCCAAAACUCAAUCACUGGACCGCACUUUCCUUGAGAAGAAGCAAGAGCUCUAUAAGAAAGUUUUUCCCCACUUCUACAUUUUGGGUUGGUAUUCUACUGGGAGUGAUGCCCUGGAGUCUGACAUGCAUAUCCAUAAGGCUUUGAUGGAUAUCAAUGAAAGCCCUGUAUAUGUUCUUCUCAAUCCUUCAAUUAAUCAUGCCCAAAAGGAUCUCCCAGUCACGAUUUAUGAGAGUGAGCUACAUGUUAUUGAAGGGAUUCCUCAGCUAAUUUUUGUUCGCUCAAGUUACACUAUAGAGACAGUAGAAGCUGAGCGAAUUUCUGUUGAUCAUGUUGCGCAUUUGAAACCAUCUGACGGAGGCUCUGCUGCUACUCAACUGGCUGCUCACCUUGCGGGUAUUCACAGUGCCAUCAAAAUGCUAAACAGCAGGAUCAGGAUACUUCACAGUUAUCUUCUGGCAAUGCAAAAUGGGGAUGUUCCCAUGGAGAGUUCCUUACUAAGACAAGUGUCAAGUUUGCUCAGAAGAUUGCCGGUUACUGAAUCUAUAAAGUUUCAAGAUGAUUUCCUGAUGGACUAUAAUGACACAAUGUUGAUUACAUAUCUAGCUAUGUCCACUAAUUGCUCAAGUAUAAUGAACGAGCUGAUCGAAAAGUUCAACACUGCAUACGACCGACAUAGUCGAAGAGGUGGCCGAACAGUUUUUAUAUGAAAGCCCAACUGCCAACAGAAAGUUCAGGUACUUCAAUGAUACUGCUAGGAUUUGAGUGGUUCUGAAAGCAUGAUAUAGGAAUUACUAUCUCUUUUGUUUUGUUUUUUGCUCUUAAUUCCUAUGUAUGGAUGCUGUAGCAGUGAAAAAUGGUUUGAACAUGCAUGAUCUCCCUCCCUUUCCCUCUACAUAAGGCCAUCUGUUACACAUAUGAGGACACAGUUUAGCUCUAGAGGAUGCAGUAUGUAAUUCGAGAGAGAGAGAUUAAUGGGCAAGCCCUCCUCAAAAGGGUAGACCAGUUGAGUUGAGUGGACUUUACUUCCUUGACUCCUCAUUUGAUACUUCUCCCAGUUUUAAGAUGCAUAUUACCUUCCACCUAUCUAAGUCAGAUCUUAUGGAGAAGUAUUUUUCUGUGUGAGUUGUGUAAAAAUUAUCGUAUCAGUUUUUAUCGUAAACUUUCAAUUUUAUUA